AUGGAGAAUGCUCCGCUUCGCCGCAAAGACACCACCAAAGGCCCGCCGUUAAGGAUUCUCUCGCUAGAUGGAGGCGGUGUCAGAGGCUACUCGAUGCUCAUCCUCCUGCAGGAGCUGAUGUAUCGCACCUACGUCGAAUGCGAAGGAAAAGCACCCCGUCGCGACCAGAUCCCCAAACCGUGCGACCAUUUUGACCUCAUCGUCGGCACUGGCACCGGCGGCCUGAUCGCUCUCAUGCUGGGCCGCCUGCGCCUGGAUCUAGAAACAUGCAAGGAUGUCUACGUGCGCAUGACGAGACGCGUCUUCGAGACCGACAAGACCAUCGCCGGCAUCCCCUACCGCUCGACCCUGUUCAAGGCUUCGAAACUGGAGGAGGCGAUUAAACAGUGUGUCCGGGAACAUACAAUCUACGAAUCGGAAGGAAAUGACAUGAUCAAUGCCGGCGGUCGCGAGAUUGCCAGCCCGGUCAGUUCCAUUCCCCAACGCUCAUCGAGUCGUUCCAGCUACAGCUCCACAAACACGUCGCGCCCUCCAUCCUCUCCCAUCACUCAGCGACACUCGACGCUGGUCAACGGGUUAAUGUGGGGGAAUCCUGAUGCCGCCCUUUAUGACAACCGGGAAUUUCGCACCAAGACGGCCGUUACCGCCGUCUACAAAGGAACCCCUCGCAACGGCUCCCCGACGUUGUUGCGAUCGUAUGACUCGAGAAAGGAACCUCCUCCCGAAUUCAAUUGCACCAUCUGGCAAGCCGGCCGCGCGACGUCCGCCACGGGGCUCGCGUUCAAACCAAUCCAGAUUGGACAACACGUUUUUAUCGAUGAAGGUGCGGGGCCAUACAACCCGGCGCCUCUAGCUCUCGAUGAAGCGGCCGUUAACGAAUGGCCGGGCAGGGAGAUCGGGGUCUUUGUCAGUGUUGGGACCGGAAAGCGACCGCCGGGGACGAGCCAUCGACAACAUGAAUGGUGGGAGGAUUUCUUUGGCGAUGCCCUGGGCAGCUUCGCGGAGGCACGGAGGCGGCUGAUUGCGAAGAUCGAGGGGUGUGAAGAGAUCCACCAGAAGAUGCUCAAGGAGCACUUGGCCAAGCGCAACGUCAAGAAGGAAAACUACUACCGGUUGAACGUGGAGGUGGGCGUGGGAGAGUUUGGGAUGAACGAGUGGAAUCGUCUGGCCGACAUCAGCACCAGCACACGGCGAUAUCUGGCGAAGCCGGAGGUGCAGGCCAUGACUUCGGAAUGUGCCGCGAAGCUGGCCAAGAUCUACCGCACGCAUCGCCGUCUCGCCGCCCAUGCAGCAGCAACAGCCGAAAACGCGUCAGACGGGGAGAACGUUGUCACUGCACCACCCCCUGCUCCUUCGGUCGUCCCGCCUCCCUCGAAUCCCAUGGCAGUCGAGCUUCCGGCGGAUGAAAUCCCGAGAACACAUUCUCCCAAGGCGCCUUCCCAUCAAUCAUCAGUGCCCACUGCCUCAGAUGAGAAGUUCACCGUCAUCGCACCCGAUGAAAUUCCCACGUCGCCAGACUCCCUUCCGCACCAUCCAACGCCGCAGGAUGCGAACAUCACCGCGCCUCCCCGCCGUUCGGGCGAUCUCGCGCCUUAUCCACACAGCGAGGCACCUUCCCGCCCGAGUCCGCCACAGCCAGGGUCACCGCGUCACAGUGUUGACAGGCUGAGCGCGAACACUCCACCGCCGGUGCCGCCUAAAACCCCCAUCCCUUAUCCGGACGAUGGAGGUGGAGGCGUUGCCAUGCCUGUUCCGCCUCCUCGACCGAUUCAGACCGGUGGAUAUACCAAUGGACACCCGCGACCGCCGUAUCCGGUGGAUGGGCCUCCACCGGUCAACAAGCUUCGCAAGCCGACCUACAACGUAAGAUGA